UCAUUUGACAACAGUCACCGUCUUUUCGUACAGAAAACAAACAUGUAAUAUAUAUUCACACAGCGAGAAUUGCGUUCAUUACGGAGCAGACAGGUUUGUGGCCGGCGUUGACUGUUUAUUGGAGACAUUAAGGUCAACAGAAGAAGAAAAAGAAGCGGCUAAUUUGCUGAUGGACGUAUUAUUUUGCGUUUUCGUUGUGCCGUCGUAUUGCUAUCUUGCUUCGUCGGUAUGGACAUGUAGCUAAUGUGGAGUUUUCUGUAAGAUAACGUCGACUUCUCCCAUGUUUAAUAGUGUGUUUACUGCUCCGAGAGGGAACUGAGGUUGCACACCCUGCAGGCCUUAUUGUGUGUUUGUGUUUUCUACUUUAACACUUUAGCUAGCAGGUUUUUUUUCUUCUUUUUUUAGUUUGCUAACAGGUCAGUCACGAUAAGAGUUUACACAAGAUGAGUUUCUUUAGUUUUGGACAAAGUGCAGAAAUCGAUGUGGUCUUGAAUGACGCCGAAACGAGAAAGAAGGCUGAACACAAGACUGAAGAUGGAAAGAAAGACAAAUACUUUCUUUUCUAUGAUGGUGAGACUGUCAGUGGGAAGGUGAAUGUCACACUGAAGAACCCCGGCAAGAGGCUGGAGCACCAGGGUAUCAAAAUUGAGUUUGUUGGACAAAUAGAGCUGUAUUACGACAGAGGAAACCAUCAUGAGUUUGUUUCCCUGGUGAAAGAUCUUGCAAGACCGGGUGAAAUAACUCAGUCACAGACCUUCGACUUUGAGUUCACUCAUGUUGAAAAACCUUACGAGUCGUACACAGGCCAGAAUGUCAAGCUAAGAUAUUUUCUUCGUGCCACGGUGAUCAGAAGACUAAAUGACAUCAGUAAAGAAAUGGACAUCGUGGUUCACACUUUGAGCACUUACCCCGAACUCAACUCCUCCAUUAAAAUGGAAGUUGGAAUUGAGGAUUGUCUCCACAUUGAGUUCGAGUACAACAAAUCCAAGUACCAUCUGAAAGAUGUAAUCGUGGGAAAAAUCUACUUCCUGCUGGUGAGGAUUAAGAUAAAGCACAUGGAGAUUGACAUCAUCAAACGUGAGACAACAGGCACCGGCCCCAGUGUAUACCACGAAAACGACACGAUCGCCAAGUACGAGAUCAUGGACGGUGCUCCGGUCAGGGGAGAGUCCAUUCCCAUCCGGUUAUUUCUGGCUGGUUAUGAUCUGACUCCCACCAUGAGAGACAUCAACAAGAAGUUCUCUGUGCGCUACUACCUGAACCUGGUGCUGAUUGACGAGGAGGAGAGACGCUACUUCAAACAGCAGGAAAUCACACUGUGGAGGAAAGGGGACGUGGUGAGAAAGAGCAUGUCUCAUCAGGCGGCCAUCGCCUCUCAGAGGUUCGAAGGCUCGGCUGCUUCGGAGAGCGCACUGGAACAGGCUGCAAAGGAGGAGAGCGGGUAGAGCAGCGCAGCCUCCAGUCGCCUCUCACAAGACUCCUCAGCGUCGGAGGUACCCGUCAACUGUACAACAUCUGGUGACACAGCUGUUUUUAUGUGUAGCCGCUGCUGGUGAAGGGAGGAAGAAGGGAGACCGACAUACAGUAAUACAUACAGUAUGUGAACAAUGAAACAGUUUGCAUGAGGCAUUCAAAGUGGCUUCAGGCUGCUGGUCUUGUCCUUCCUCAUUAAUGCAUUUUUCUUUUCUUUAUGGGAAUCAAACUAAUCACCUGUCGCGAUGUCCACUGUGUUAAAACCUUUCAUGUGAUACUCUUGAAUUUUUAAGCCUUCUGUGUUGGUUACUUUCUAAUUAAUGCUUUUUGGGAUAAAUUCAUUUCUAAUCUCUUAAUUAAUGCAACUGAAUUAUCAUGAAUUUUCAGAAAUGUAUCUCCGACAUUCCACCUUUAAUGAAUGCAUUCCUAACACUGUUAUAAGGUCAACAAAUCUGAGAUAACUUUGCACUGCUUUAUCUUGCCGAACACAUUUUUCUCUGUGUG